AUGAAUUACAACUUUUUAGAUGGAAUAAUUGACAAUUUACUGCAAAUUGAGGGUUAUUUGUCUUUUUAUGAGCAAUUAAAAUGUAAAUUAGAUGCCAUUGAAAGCGAAAAGCAAAUAUGUGAAAAAGAAAUACUGUCACUCAGAUCUAAACUUGAACGCAAUGAAAAAGAUAUUGCCAACUUAAAUGAGGGAAAAAGAAAAUUCGGACCAUAUUUUGAUUCAAAAGAAAAUUUAUCAAAAAUCGCUGAAUUUAAGAAUUCGAAUGGUAAUCUUACAUUUAAUGAUAUAUAUUGUUUCUUUGAUGAACUUACACAAGGAUAUCAUAAUAUUAUGUCAAAGGCAUGUGAAGAAGGGAUUUGGGAAAAGCAAAAAGAACGACAUCCAAGAACAAUACUUCAUAAAGCUGCAAGAAAAGGAAAUCUCAGACUUGUUAAAUCUCUUAUUGAAUUUGGAUGUGAUAAAGAAACUCAAAACCAUUACAAUGGAUACACACCACUUAUUGAGGCUGCAGAAAAAGGUCAUAUUGAAGUCGUUAAAUAUCUUAUCUCUAUUGGGGCGAAUAUAGAUGCAACUAGUCAUAUUAAUUGGACUCCACUUAUGCGUGCAUCGCAAGCAGGCCAUCUCGAAUUAGUUAAAUAUCUUAUUUCUGUCGGAGCAAAUAAAGAUGCGAAAUCUUGUAGUGGAGAAACUUCACUGCAUUAUGCAUCUGUGUUUGGUCAUCUUGAAGUAGUUAAAUAUCUCGUUUCAAUUGGAAUUGAUAUCAAUGCAAAAGAUAUGUUCGGAGAUACUGCUGCAUGUGAAGCAGUCAAACAUGGAUAUCCUGAAAUACUUAAAUAUCUGAUCUCUGUUGGAGCUGAUAAAGAAACAAAGGAUUCUCAUGGAAGGAAUCUACUCAUUCUAGCUUCAGAAGUAAGUUGUCUUGAAACAGUUAAAUAUCUCGUUUCAAUUGGAGCUAAUAAAGAAGCAAAAGAUGAUCUGGGAAGAACUUCACUCAUUUGCGCAUCAGAACGGAAUCAUCAUGAAAUUGUUUAUUAUUUGAAAUCAGAAGAACAGCGGUCUAAUGUUUGUAAGAAUAAAUAA